AUGAGUACACCCACCAACCACGAUUCAUCAACCAACUUGACCAUUCAAGUAAAUGGUGAUGAAAUGUCGUUUAAUCCAAUCCUUCUUGGAUCCAUGAGUAAUAAUAAUAACAAUGAAGCAACAAGCCUUCUUCAGCCUGAAACUAGUGAUGAUUAUAAUACUUCUACUACACAACAGUAUCAUGAUGAUAACAACAACAACAACAACAUUAAUAAUACAUCAUCAUCAUCUUCAACACAAGUUGUUGAGGGAAGUAUAAUAGUAGAAGGUAAUAUUAUGAGUGAAUCUAAACUAAGUGAACAAGAUAAACAAAGUCUUGUUAAAGAAUUAUCAAAAGCAAUACUAGGUAUAUAUAUGAAUAAUGUUAUUCAAACAAGUGUUAAAGACAAAAUAAUAGAAACUGCAACAGAUAAAACUACAGCAAACAUUCUAAGUUUUUAUUAUAAACGAAGAGAAUAUUUAAAACAACAACAACAAUAUCAACAACAACAAGUAAAACAACAAGUAGAACAAGUAGAACAACAAGUAGAACAAGUAGACCAAGUAGAACAACAAUUAAAUAGAAUAAUAGAAAAGGAAGAAGGCUUGAUUUCAUUAGAUCAUCCAACAAAUUUAGAUGAUUCUAUCACAAGAAUUGAUUUAAAUGAUGAAUAUCAACCUCCUAUUACAGAAAAUAAUAGUAGUAGUAAUAAUAAUAUAUUAAAUAAUAUACCUUCUUCUUUACCUUCAACAAUAGAUAUUAGUAAUAAUGAUAAUGAUAUUGUAAUGAUUGAUCAAUCUUGUAAUGAUGAUAAUAGUAAUAUUAAUAAUAUUAAUCAUCAACAACAAUCUAAUCAAUUAAAUGAACAUCAACAACUAGAUAUUAAUCAUCAAUCUAAUCAAUUAAAUGAACAGCAACAACUAGAUGAUCAACAAUCUAAUCAAUUAAAUGAACAAUAUGAUCAACAAUCUAAUCAAUUAAAUGAAUCAAUUAUUCAAUUAAAUAAUGAACAAUUAAAUGAAUCACCAAUUCAAUUAAAUAAUAAUCAACAAUUAAAUCAAUUAAAUAACAAGGAUAUUGAAACAGAUGUAGAAAAUGAAGAAGAAGAAUUCUAUAAAAAGUAUAUGAAUGAUUUUAGAAAUGAUGAUUUAAUUGUAAACAAACAUGAAGAAUUAUAUCCAUGUGAAAAUUCAUAUAUAGAUCAUUUUAGAGAAGCAAUUUUAUUAGAAUGGAAUGAAUUUAAAAAACCAAUUGAAUUUAAAUAUGAAUAUAUACAAACUAGAAUUGAACAAUUAAAAAAAGAAUAUAAUAAUAUUAUACAUUUAAUUAAUACAGAUACUAAAUAUAGUAAUAAUAAUAAUAAUGAAUUAAAUUGUUCAAAAUUAUCAGGUAUUUCAAAUGAUAAUAUUAAAAAUAAUAUAAUGAUAAAUAGAUCAUCUGAAUUAUAUAAUGCUUUUUAUACUCCAUAUAAAAGAAGAUUAGAUUUAUUACAACAUCCAUUUUUUGGAAGUUUUCAUGAUGUUUUUAAUAGAGAAAUUGAACAUUUAAAUCAAUUAAAAGAAAAACAAUCAGAUUUAACUAUAAUUUCAUCAAAUUGGGUUUCUGCUACUUCAACUAAUACAACAAUUAAUAAUAAUAGUAUUUUAAAUGAUACAAAUACAAAUAAUAAUACUAAUAAUACUACUAAUAAUAAUAAUAAUACAAAUAAUAAUUUAAAAAUAACAUAUCCAUUUCCAUAUAUAACAACAUUGGAUAUAUUAGAUUCUAUUGAAUUAUUUAAAACAGCAUCAAUAUCAUAUCCACCUAAUGAUAGAGCAGUACCAUUAUCAUUUUCAUCAAUAUUAAAAUAUAAUAAUAAUAAUAGUAAUAUUAAUAGAAGAAAUGUUUCAUCUUCAAAUAGAAGAGGUAGAAGAGGUGCAAGUAGAUUAUCACAAGGUAAAAGAGUUGGCAAUAGAUCAUCUACAUCAUCAUCUACAGCAACAGCAACAAGUGGUGGUGGUGGUGGUGGAUCAACAAAUAAAUCCAAACUAAAUGAUCUUAAUCAAGAUGAAGAUUAUGAAGAGAAUUUUAUACUCUAUGAUAGUACUAAAGAUGUUAAAGCAGCAGAAAUUACAGUACCUAGUUUUAGAAUAUUAACAAAUGAACAAGUAUCUGAAUUAAGUGAUGAAUUUUCAGAUGAUGAAGAUAUAUCAGAUGUUAAAUAUUGUUAUUUACAUAUUGAUAAGGAAAUGCAAGAACGUCAAAAAUAUUAUAUUGCUUCUUUACCUUCUUCUUCUGAUAAAAAGAAAAAGAAAACUUCAGAUCAAGAUUCAAAGAAUUUACAUUAUACUAUACCUAAUCAUGAUACUUUUAAAUUGGCAUUUGAAAAGUUUAAUAGUACUAAUACAAAUACUAAUAAUACAAAUACAAAUAAUAAUCAUAGUACUACUACUACUACACAUAAUGAUCAUUCACACCGAUUUAAAUAUAAUGAUGAUUUAUCAACAGAAUUAAAGAGUGGUAAAAAUUUAAUAAGCAUGUCUAAUAAUUCUAUUAAUAAUACUAGUAUAACAACAACAUUUAAUGAUAAAUUAACAUAUCUUGUACCAAUAGAAGAUUUACAACAAUAUUCAUCACAACAACAACAAUCAACAGGACCAAUGAAUGCUAAAUUAGCAUUUAGUAAACAUCAAUUUCAAUCCAAAUUAGGAUCACCACAAAAAAAGAAAGAUUUAAAAAAGGAAUUAACAAGUAUACCUAGAUGGAAAUUAAUUUCAAUUGAAUCCUAUGUACCAUAUCCUAUUUUAAAAAAGUGUGAUGAUCCACGUGGUAAUUGGAAUGAUUUAAAACUUAAAAGUUUAGAAAGAAGAUCAAAUUUAACACUUGAUUUAAAUACUGAACUUACAAAUAAUUUAUUAUUUAAUGAUUUAAAUACUAUUAAUACUAUUAAUAAUAAUACCAUUGAUACUAUUAAUACUAAUAUUAAUAAUUCUAAUUCUAAUUCUAAUAAUAUAAUUGGAAGUAGUAGUAAUAUUAGUACAAGAAAAAGAGCUAAAAGUGAAGUAGAAAAUGAAUUAAUUACAACAGGAUCAUUUAUUAAAAGUAAUUCAUCAACAACACCCUAUCAUCAUCUUCAACAACCUAAAAAGAAAUCUAAAUAUGAUUUUGAUGAUAUGGUAAUGGCAGAUGAAGAUACAGAUGAAAUUGAAGAUACAGAUGAUGAUGAUUUUCAUCAAGAAGAUGAUGAACAAACUGAUUCAGAAGAUGAUAUUUUAAUUUCAACUCCAAAACAUUCAAAUAUUACUACUAUUACUACUACUACUACAUUUAAUACAAAUACUACAUUUAAUACUACAGCACCACCAUCAAGUAGUAAUAGUAAUAAUAAUUCUACAACUUCAAUUACAACAACAACACCAACAAAAUCAUCAUCUAAAAAAUCUAAAAAGAAGAAAUCAACUUCAUCUAAAAAGAAAAAGAAGAAGCAAAUUACAACUCCUGUUCGUGUUGAUAAAGUUAUUAAUGAUGGUACAAAGAUAGUAUUUAAAUUACAAAAAUAA